GCGGCCUGCGGGCGGGAGCGUCGCCAUGACCGUGUGUCAGUUCUUCCUUCAAGGCCGGUGCCGCUUUGGAGACCGCUGCUGGAACGAACAUCCGGGUGCCCGCGGCGCGGGCGGGGCUCGGCCGCCGCCGGCGUCCCAGCAGCUCUCAGCUAGUAACAGGCGUGGGUGGAAUGCCUCCAGCCAGAGAUACUCCAAUGUCAUCCAGCCAUCCAGUUUCUCCAGAUCCACACCAUGGGGUGGCAGCAGAGGUCCAGACCAGGCAUCCUUUGGCUCUUCUACCGGCAGCGGCUUUGGAGCGGCCCAGCGCCCUUUUGCCUCAUUGAGCUCUGGAGACCAGGAUGAGCAGAAACUCCUGGAAGGAAUUGUAAAAGACGUAGAGGUUUGGGAAUCAUCAGGGCAGUGGAUGUUUUCAGCUUACUCACCGCUCAAAACGCAACCUCCUGUUGCAGGUUUUACAGACAUUUCACCAGAAGAGUUGAGGCUUGAAUACCAUAACUUCUUAACCAGCAAUAACUUACAGAGUUAUCUCAAUUCUGUCCAACAGUUAAUAACUCAAUGGAAGAAUAGGAUAAAUCAACUGAAAACUAUAAAUAAGUCAAACAGAGUAGCUUUGCUUCCUAACUUAAACAAUGGAGUAAACCAAGCAGCACCUGCACUUGGAUUUGGAAGUACACAAGCAAGAAUGUUUGGGUCAUCAGGCAGCAGUAAGAGUGUUCAGAAUUUUAGUUUUAAAACAAGCCCUGGAUUUGCCCCUGCCACUUCUGGAAGUCCUUCUGUGUUUGGGACUCUCCCAGCAUUGGGAGCGGUGCCUUCUGCUGGUUCUGCCGUCUCUGCCUCCACUCCAGCCUUUGGCUUUGGGAAGCCACAGAUUACAUCUGCUGCUUCAUUUUCAUUUAAGACUCCUGCAGCUUCUGGUUUUGGAUCAGCCGGAUUUUCAGCAGCUCCAACCUCCUUGGCAGGAAGCCCUUUUGGAGCUGCCAUGGCUCUAGCCUUCGGAGGCGGCACUUCUGUGGCUGGCUUUGGCAGUCCUGGCUCUCAAUCUCACACUGCUUUCUCCAAACCAUCUAACAACAUCUUUGGAAGUAGCAGCAUUCCCACCUCUCUCCCAGUCUCAAAUGUCAUCAGUGCCACAGAUAAAGUGUUAUUCACACCCAAGGAUCAACUAACACAAGAAGAACUAGAACAAUUUCAAUCCAAGAAAUUUACUCUGGGAAAAAUUCCAUUAAAGCCACCACCUGUGGAGCUCAUACAUAUUUAAAGCAACAGUUUCAAACACAGAAGAGGAUGGCUUUAGCCACGCAUGGUGGUACACUUAUAAUUUGGGAAGCUAAGGCAGGAAGAUUGCUGCAAAUUCAAGACCAGCCUGGCAAAUAGCUGGCCAGCCAGAACUACAGAGUAAGAACCUGUUUUACAAUGGAGGAAAAAACAAUGUUUUUUAAAGAAUUGAGGGAUUUGUAAUGUCAGGUGUCACAUGAGGCUUCAUGCUUGUGAAGCAAGUAAGUAGCUUGCAUCUGAGCCAUAUCCCUAGCCUAAAGGUGGCUUUUUGAAAUUGUCUUGAGUAGUUCAUAUGAAAAUUGUGUGUGUGUGUGUAUAAACACACAUAUAUACAUAAAUAUUUAUGAGGAAUAUGUUUUCAUAGUUAUUUGGGGAUUUUAAAUUUUAACUUUUGUUAAACUUAGCCAAAUGAAACAACUAAAAAAAAAACACAAACAAGGAAAUCUUUAUGUACUGGAAUUAUGAAUGGAACUGAAAAAUUGUGUGUAAUGAAUAAAGGAAUUCUUUAAUUCUA